AUGGAACAACUGCUAUCCGCACAAGCUGAGAUCCAUGGGCGCAUCGGGCGCACUGUGGAUAAUCUAAAAAAAAUGGGAGCAGCCAACGUGACCGCUGCUGCAAUCGAAUCUUGUCUAAAGCUUCUGGACGCCAAGUGGACAAAGGCUGAAGAGCAGCACUCCGAACUGUGUGCUGACUACGGAGACAAGCUCGAAAAGCACGAGUACAUUGCCAACGACUUUAUAAGCGAAAUUGAAGCAUUGUACAUCCAACAACGGGCAACACUCAUGGACUUUGGCAAGGCGCUGGGCGCAUCUGCUCCGGCCCAAACCACGAGGCCCCCAACCGUCGAUCUGACCGUGCAGCGCACCACGCUGCCCCAGAUCCCGUUGCCGGAGUUCUCAGGGAGAUUUGAGGAUUGGCCCACUUACCGAGACCUUUUCGAAUCGCUGGUGAUUGACGAGAAAUCCCUGUCGAACAUAAAGAAGUUUCAAUACCUGAAGGGCAGCGUAAAGGGUGAUGCCCUGCAGCUAAUCACUAGCCUUCCAGUCACCGCAGACAACUUCACUCGCGCCUGGGCGACGUUGAAUGACCACUACGAGAACAAGCGGCUGUUGCUCAAGUCGUACCUCGCUGCGUUUACCUCGCUUCAGAAGAUGAAGUCAGAUUCCGUCGCUGACCUCAAGCGAAUCUUCCACCGAGUAGUGACUACUGUCGGGGCGUUGGAGGGGAUUGGCCGUCCCAUAACGGGUUGCGCGGAUCUCUUCGUGCACCUGGUCAUCGAGCUCUUGGACGACAAGACUCAUCGAGAAUGGGAAGACACGCUUACCAAAAAAUCGGAGCCGCCCUCCUAUGAGAAACUGCGUGACUUCCUCGAGGAGCAGGUACUGAAACAAGAAUCAUUCCGACCUCGAGAGCAAAACAGCUCAGGCAGACCCUCUGAGCGUGGCCGCGCAGCCCGCACAUACAGCACGAAGAAGCAAGGGUAUGAUGUUGCCAGUAGACAUUGCCCACUCUGCAAGCGCCCACAUUUUAUAAUGGUAUGCGAACAGUACAAGCUAAAGUCUGCGCGGGAGAAGCGAGAAGUGGUGAGUACGUAUCGCCUAUGUGAGAACUGCCUGGGACGCCACCACGUAACCGAUUGCCCCUCACCCAAGCACUGCGGUAAGUGUACGGCUCGGCAUCACACUACGCUGCACGACGCCUACGCGAGUGCCCUCUCGGCUCUUGCAGCUCCGGAUGCGACAGCGGCGGUGCACGUCUCGGACUCGCCUCCCGUGGACUGCGCGCCCGUGUUGCUCGCGACCGCCCGCGUCCUUGUUACUGACCGUGCGGGAGAGCGACAUACAGUCCGGGCACUCGUGGAUUCGGGUUCGGAGACCUGCAUGAUCGCCGAAUCAUUGGCUCAGCGACUGCGGCUGCCGCGCACUCCAACAUCGGUGGCCAUUUUCGGGAUCGGUGGACAGCAAACAGGGGUGUCUCGAGGUCGAAUCUCGCUCACGCUCGCGUCAAGAACCUCGGGCUUAUCGUUGGAAAUAAGUGCCCUCGUCUUUCCGCACCUCACAGUAUACGGGGGCGUCGCUGCCAGACGCCCUCGGUCGUGGCUGCACUUAGAGGGACUCGAGCUCGCGGACCCUGAGUUCCUCAACCAGGAUCCCAUCGAGCUUCUCCUCGGAGCGGACGUGUUCGCGCAUAUCGCCCUCCCUGGCCUGCGCAAGGGGGGUCCGCUGGAGCCCAUUGCGCAACAGACUCAGCUAGGCUGGGUUAUUCUCGGAGCCGCGGGUCUCAGUCACGCCGCCUCAGUCAUGACAUCCCUGCAGUGCUCGCCCUUGGAGGAACUCAACUCUCUCGUGCGCCAGUUCUGGGAACAAGAGGAGCCGCCGCACGCGCCCCUCCCCCUCUCCGACGACGAACAUGCCUGCGAGGACCACUUUGUCCGUACUCACAAGCGGGAUCCGAGCGGCCGCUAUCAGGUACGCCUCCCGGUGCGAGCAACCAUCCCGGACCUGUCGGGCUCCAGACGUGCCGCUUCCAGGAUGCUUGACGUCAUGCAGCGACGGUUUAAGAAGGACCCUAUAUUUCGGGACAAGUAUCACGUUUUCCUCCGCGAGUACUCCGCACUUGGCCACAUGUCUUUCGCCGUACCGUUGGCCGAGGGACCUUCGGUCCGAGUGUGCUUCCUGCCACACCAUGGUGUUCUGAAGGGGUCGGGCAGCGACGCCAAGAUCCGAGUGGUGUUUAAUGGCUCAAGUCAAACAAUGACCGGGACCUCUCUGAACGACUUCCUGCGGCCGGGACCGAACCUGCUUCCUGCCCUGACGGAUGUCAUAAUCCGCUGGCGACACCAUCGCUUUGUCUUCAUCACGGACAUCGAAAAGAUGUACAGACAGAUCAUGGUGCAUCCGGAGGACCGCAACCUACAGCGCAUUCUGUGGGAGGAAAACGGUGAGACCCUCGAAUUUAGGCUGAACACAGUAACGUAUGGACUCUCCUGUGCACCCUACUUGGCAAUCCGGGUACUGCGGCAGCUCGCGAAUGACGAGGAGCGGAACUUCCCGCUGGGGGCAGAGGCCUUGCGGAGGGAUGCCUACGUUGACGACAUCCUCUCGGGAGCCUCAACCCUCGCAGAGACCCGGAAUCUCCAAGGCGAACUAUCUCAGCUUUGCACGGCGGGCGGAUUCCCGCUGCGAAAAUGGGCUGCCAACCAUCCAGCCUUGCUCGAGGACAUCCCGCUUGACCACCGGAGUCAAAAACCCGCUGACACCGUACUGCCUGCUGAGAGCCAAUCGGUCCUGGGCCUCAGAUGGAGUCCCGAGGGCGACUCUUUCGCUCCCAUCGUUGGUCGGACCGCGACUGACGAGCCUACCAAACGGUCAUUGCUCUCAUACACUGCCCGACUCUUUGAUCCCUUCGGUUGGUUGGCGCCGAUAAUCGUUCUGGCCAAGCUGCUGAUCCAGUCUACCUGGCUGCAGCGCCUCGACUGGGACGACCACUUGGCCGGUGAAGAGAGGGCGGCGUGGCAACGGCUGACGGAAGAGAUGCCCCUCCUGCAGGACAUCCGGAUCCCCCGGUGGAUGCACAGCGACUCUGCGAGAAGUCAGGUCGAGAUCCACGGCUUCUCCGACGCGUCGGAGCGGGCCUAUGGGGCGGUUAUAUAUCUCCGAGCAGCGGGUAAGGGCCGAGUCCACACUUCGUUGGUCUUGGCAAAAACCAAGGUCGCCCCCUUGAAGCGGGUCUCGCUCCCGAGGCUCGAACUUUGCGCUGCGACCCUGCUUGCCAAGCUGGCCUCCCACGUGAAGACCACGCUGCCCCUGGAGGGGACAGCCACUCACCUAUGGACGGAUUCAACCGUGACCCUCGGCUGGAUUCGUGGCCAUCCGGCAAAAUGGACGACAUUUGUCGCUAAUAGAGUGGCCGAAAUUCAUCGAAAUGUUGCAGACGUACACUGGCACCACGUACCUGGCCGGGACAACCCGGCGGACUGUGCUUCAAGAGGAAUGUCGCCGCGAGAUCUCCUGGUACACUCACUGUGGUGGCGUGGACCAACCUUCCUCAGCGAAGACCCUUCGCAGUGGCCGGUGGACCCUGGAACUCCGGCCACAAUGGAGCUUCCCGAACAGCGCGUCGGCUCAUGUCUUCCAGUCUCGGAGAUACUAGAACCGGAGGAACUGACCCGGUUCUCAUCGCUGAAGCGUUUGCUCCGAGUCUCGGCGUGGAUGUGGCGGUGGAGAGCGCGCCCAGACAUGGUCGACCCCGCUUCAUGCCGCGAGACAACCAUCCUGACCACGGAUGAGUUAGAGCAGGCGUUACAUCGAUGGCUGCGCGUAGUGCAGUCAAUCGCCUUCCGGGCCGAGCUCGACAGCAUCGCCCAGCGAAGGGAAAUGCCACCGCGCGGCCCCCUUCGCCGACUUACACCUGCUGUGGAUGCUCAAGGACUUCUGAGGGUGGGAGGCAGGCUGAAACAUUCAGUGCUCGAUGCAGAUCAGCGACACCCAAUCAUCCUUCCACCAGGGUCGCACCUGACUUAUCUUGUGAUCGACGCCACUCAUCAUCGCACACUCCAUGGUGGCACACAGGCGACCCUGGCAGCAAUUCGUCAGCGAUAUUGGAUCCCUAAGGGGCGACAGCUCGUACGACGUUAUAUUCAUCGAUGCGUACGAUGCGCGCGAUGGCGGGCGGCGUCCCCGCAACCACUCAUGGGCAGCCUUCCAAAGGCGCGAGUCACGCCUAGCCGACCAUUCUUGCACACGGGGGUGGACUUCGCUGGACCGAUUCUUCUCCGUACGACCAAGGGGCGUGGACAUAAGGCCUACAAGGCCUACUUGGCAGUCUUCAUCUGUUUCAGCUCCAGAGCCGUUCAUCUCGAGGUGGUGAGCGACUAUAGUGCCGAGGCCUUUCUGGCCGCUUUCCGCCGCUUCGUGUCCCGGCGAGGAUUAUGCCAGGCCGUAUACAGCGACUGUGGCACCAAUUUUGUGGGAGCCGACUCGCAACUCCGGGCCUUGUUCCAGGCGGCCGGGCAGGAAUGCCACCGCAUUGUGGGAAGCCUGGCAUCCGAUGGCGUCCAGUGGCACUUUAAUCCUCCCUCUGCCCCACACUUCGGGGGAUUGUGGGAAGCAGCAGUCAAAUCUCUGAAGCACCACCUGCGAAGGGUCAUCGGAGAAACAACACUUACCUACGAAGAGAUGGCCACGCUCCUCGCGGAAGUGGAGGCCUGCCUGAACUCGCGCCCAUUGCAGGCUUUAACAGACGAUCCAGAAGACUUGACGGCGCUGACACCGGGGCACUUCCUUGUGGGAGCACCACUUAACUCGAUCCCCGAACCUGCCUUACUCGACAUUCCCGCAAACCGCCUGAGCCGCUGGCGCCUACUACAAAGCAUGCGGGAUCACUUGUGGCACCGCUGGGCCCAGGAAUACUUGCAGGGACUGGCCCCUCGACCGAAGUGGUGGCGAACGACCGGUAACCUGAAGGAAGGACAGCUGUGCCUCGUGAAAAGCGAAGUGACGCCGCCAUCUCGGUGGUCCUUGGCACGGAUAACCCGCAUUCACCUUGGCGAAGACGGACAGGUGCGCGUCGUCGAGGUGCGAACCGCCGCCGGGCAGCUCACUCGACCUGUUGUGAAAAUCGUACCGCUGCUCUCCGCCGACGAGGGCGGAACCUCCGCGUAA